AUGGCGGCGAUUAUAGAUGCCGUCAACGCUGUCUUGGCUUCUGGAGACAAUAAACAUAUUUUAUCUGUCAUUAAAGGCUUUAGGAAUGGAGCAGUAUAUGGAGCCAAGAUCAGGUUUCCUCAUGCACUGGUGAUGACUUUUCUGUUCAGGAAUGGCAGUCUAAGAGAUAAAGUUAUAGCUAUUCUAGAAGCCACCUACAUCCAUUCCCGGAACCUGGCACUGUUUGUGUUUGCCUACAAGGGAUUAACAUCCACCCUCAACUGGGGGGAGUCUAAGUCACACCAGCUGCAUGCCUUCUUGUCUGCUUUCUGCGCUGGCUUUGUUAUCUUUGGCAAAUACAACAAGGUCAAUGAACAAAUAAAUCUCUACCUGAUGUCCAGAAUUAUCUAUGGUGUCGGCAAGCUUCUAGUGCAAAAGAAGAUUAUUCCUGAGCCUCAGACGAAAGUAUUCCCGUGGUUCGCUGCCUUCAUGUGGGCUCUAACCCUCUGGCUGUUUGAAUACCACCAGUCAUGUCUGCAGCCCUCUCUAGUGUCCUCAUUAACAUACAUAUACAAAGACAGUGACAAGUGGACAAGUCUUCGAGAUUUCUUAAUUUAUAAUGAAUAA